CUGCCCUGCCUCAUCAACUCACUCUGGAGCGAGGGGUCCACCGGGCGGCUCUCCCUGCUGUUUUCUCCGAAGGGCACUGGCUUCCUUCUGUUCCGUGGUUCCUCUUCCCAGAAUCGCCCACAAGUGAUGCUCCUUUUCUUGGUGGCUGUGACCCUGCUGCAAACGGACAGCAGCCUUGGUGGCCUCCCUUACUACAAUGGCUUUUAUUACAAUCAUGUCAUGAAUGACAAAGGAAACGGAGAGCGGGAAAUUCAUUUCAAUGGCAUAAAGCUGGUGGUAGAAACUCCAGGUGACCCCAUCUUCACCCACCGUGGUGCCAAUGCCACACUCUCCUGUCAGUACCACUAUGAUCCACCACUGGACAAGCCCCGUAAGAUCCGCAUCAAGUGGUCCAAGCUGCGGGAGGACAGCACCAAAGACCAGGAUGUGCUGGUGGCUGUUGGCCUGAAGCACCGCAGCUUUGGUGACUUCAGUGGGCGCACGCACCUGCAGCAGGACAGCUCCGGAGACGUGUCCCUGGUGAUCCGUGACCUGCGCUUGCACGAUGGUGGCAAGUACCGCUGCGAGGUCAUCGAUGGGCUGGAAGAUGAGAGUGGGAUUGUGGAUCUCGAGCUGCGAGGGGUUGUUUUCCCUUACCAGCCCCACCAUGGCCGCUACGUGCUCAAUUUCCACGAGGCCAAGAAGACCUGUGACGAGCAGGAUGCCGUGAUUGCAUCCUUUGAACAGCUCUUCAAGUCGUGGGAGGAGGGCCUGGACUGGUGUAAUGCAGGGUGGCUGGCGGACGGCACGGUCCAGUACCCCAUCACUCUGUCCCGGGAGCCCUGCGGUGGAAGGGCUAUGGCCCCUGGGAUCCGGAGCUACGGAGAGCGCCACAAGAGCCUGCAUCGCUUUGACGUUUUCUGUUUCUCCUCUUACCUGAAAGGGGAGGUUUACUACCUGUCUCAGGCACAGAAGUUCACCCUGGAAGAAGCCAAGCAAGCAUGCCAGGAUGACAAGGCUGAGAUUGCAAAGGUGGGCCAGCUCUAUUCGGCCUGGCAGUUCCAUAAGCUGGACCAUUGCAAUGCUGGCUGGCUGGCUGAUGGAAGUGUGCGGUACCCCAUUGUCUCUCCCCGUCCCAAGUGUGGUCCACCAGAACCAGGAGUCAGAAGCUUUGGCUUUCCCAAACAUGGGAAGUUUGGGGCCUACUGUUACAAGAUGAACUAAAGGAAGGGCAGAACGGGGGAGAUGA